UUUUAAACCUUAAUGCGAACCGACAUGUCGUCGACUUCAGAAAUUCUUAUCUAAUAAAUGAUUACCGCUCUCUCCACUGCCCUUUCUGCUUCUCCUUCAGGUGGACGCUGCAAAUACACAGGUCAAUCUGUGAGAGCGGUGCCAAUACGUGUUUUAACUGUGGGGAAGAAGAGGUCUCGUGGCGUACAGCUUCUUGUUGAUGAGUAUAUUGAUAAGCUCAAGAACUACUGUCAUGUUGAAGAUGUUCAACUGCGCUCAAAUCCGAGGAAUGCGCGGGAUCCGAAAGCUCAAAUUGAUGAUGAAGACGUGGCUGUCGUGAAUCUUCUCAAGUCUGACGACUGGGUUGUGAUGCUGGAUGAGAAUGGGAAAGAGAUAUCCUCCGAGCAGAUGGCUGAGUUGGUGGCAGAUGCAGGCAAUACAGGUGCUUCAAGAUUAUCAUUUUGCAUUGGUGGACCGUAUGGCCAUGGACAAAAACUGCGAGAACGAGCUAACUUAUCAAUCAAGCUUUCCUCCAUGGUAUUAAAUCAUCAAAUUGCACUACUUGUGCUUAUGGAACAACUUUACAGGUCAUGGACUAUUCUAAAAGGUCAGAAGUACCAUCAUUAGCAGCAGCAGUUCAAAUGCCAGCUUACCGGUAUUUUGCCUUGAUAUGUUACAUCUUUAGCUGUCUAUUUCAUCUUCACAAUAGAAGGAAAAGUUUAAGUUUGUGUCAAAAUUAUCUCUUAUUGCCAUUAUUGUAGGAAAGUUUGUCGCUUAUUUUGGCCAAAGCAUUUCCCUCCCGAUCUUUCGUUUAUGAAUAUAAAUUCUUCAUCUACUCAGCAACUGUAAGUUCUAAUGGGUCAAAAAUUUUAACCUCAUCUUAAAGAAAUUAAUAGAUGUCUCAACCAUUGUUGUGUACCAUAUUUGCUCUUGGAUUCAUGACGAAUGGAGCCUCGAGGUGGAGAUUAACUAUUUUCGGCAUCAUUACGCUUGAUUUCUUCUCUUUUCUUAUGGGGGGAGAUAGGAGACUCGUUUAGGGUAGUUUACCAUGAUGUUGUAAUGAACAUUGCGAGAAUCCAUGAUAUUUGUGUAUUUGGCAAUGUAUAUUUAAUUUGUUUU